ACAACUAACCAGUUUUUGCAGCUGAGCCAUGAAGUCGUUUUGUUUUGUCGUAAUUAGUUUCUGUUGUUCGUUCGUUGGCCUCAAAUACGACAGGCAUUCUGUCAAUGCUGCAAUAUUUGGCCAAUCUAUCACGGGGAGUGGCAGCAAAAAUCAUGGAAAUACUUUUGAAAUUGUUAACGAAUGGAAAUAUUUGGAUUUUGAAUAUCCGACAUUUGUCGAAAGGCAACUGGCAAUUUUAAAUGGUGAAUUUAUACCCAAAAAUAAUUUACCACUGGGCAUCGAUGUGCAUGGCAAUCGAAUGUUUAUCACAACACCGCGCUGGAAAGACGGAGUGCCAGCGAGUCUGGUCACUCUGGCAUAUCCCUCCAAGGAGAUAAGUCCACCGCUGCAGCCGUAUCCGAAUUGGCAAUCGCACAGCAGCCCCAACAAUGCCGAUUGCAGCAAACUGAUAUCGGUUUAUCGCACCGCAAUCGAUGCGCACUGCAAUCGAUUGUGGCUAAUCGAUUCCGGUAUUGUGAAUGCCACAAUUAAACUAAAUCAAAUAUGCCCAACAAAAAUUAUUGCCUACGAUUUGAAAACGGAUGAAAUAAUUAUUAGUUUUGAAUUGCCCGCCUCGCAAAUUAAGCAGGAUUCGUUGCACUCAAAUAUUCUCGUGGAUGUUAGGAAUGGAGACUGCGAAGAUGCCCACGCUUUAAUCACAGAUGUCUGGCGAUUUGGCAUUGUGGUUUAUAGUCUGCGCAAGCACAGAAGUUGGCGCAUCACCAAUUAUAAUUUUUUACCGAAUCCAUCGGCAGCUGAUUUCAAUGUUUAUGGCCUGAAUUUUCAGUGGUUGGAUGGAGUUUUUGGCAUGAGUCAAAGCAGGGAGCGACUUUUAUAUUUUCAUCCAAUGGCGAGUUUUAAGGAAUUUAUGGUGCCCCUUGACUCGCUCUUGAAUGAAUCCCUUUGGAUCGGCAACAGCAGCGUGGACACCUCGCAAUUAUUUGUUCCAAUUGGGGAUCGUGGCUUUGGGGGGCAAUCUUCGACAUCGGGCAUAGCCCGAAAUGGUGUUAUGUUCUACACACAAGUGCAUCGUGAUAAUAUCGGCUGUUGGGACACCAAAAAGCCCUAUAAUCGUGCAAAUCUCGGUAUGCUUUUGGAACCAGAUAAUGCUUCGAUGUUAAUACAAUUUCCCAAUGAUUUGAAAGUGGAUCAGGAAAUAAAACAAAGUGUUUGGGUGAUGAGUAAUCGUUUGCCCAUUUAUCUAUAUAGCCAGCUGGAUUAUGGCGAUAUCAAUUUUCGUAUUUUGAGAGCCAAUGUCGAUGGCAUUAUCGAUAACACGAUAUGCAAUCCAAAUUACGAGGCGGCAAAUAAACAAAAAUCGACACUGGUUUCAAUUGAAGAGGGACAAUGCUAUUAAAAUAAUGAAUAAUUAAAUAUCAAUCAUUGAAUAAAAUUAAUAAAUAUU